AUGAGACUCGCGCCGACCCAGGUCGUCGCUACCGCAUUCAUCUUUUCCCUCGGCACAUUCGUUGCCGGAAACAGGGCGGCUAUGGCAGAAGGCAAGCGGAACAUCACGAGGCCCGAUCCGGCGAUCCCGUUGGCGCCGGUGCCACUUCCGCCGCCUGGCCCCGCGCGUGACGGGGAGGAGAUUGUGAGGCAGCUGAUGGGGCUUACGCGGUCUGGCAUCAGCGGCGGCGGAGGACCGGGGAGCGGGAGUUGGUUGAGGUUUGUCAAGAGGGUUGAGUUGAAGGGGGAUUUGUGGGAGCCCGAGGGGAUUGUGAGGUUGGCGGGGGGGUCGGGCGGUGCGGGCGAUGAGGAGGAGAGGUUCUGGGUGUCGGCGGGGGAGUAUACCGUCCCUACGGAGAAGUUUCCCGGCGGGAAGUGGGUUGACGGGACGGACCGGAGUGCCGGGGCGGGGUUUGCGCAUCUUGUGUACCAUAACGGCGGGCUCGAUUACGAUGGCCGGCACAUCUGGGCCACGCUCUCGCAGUACAGGCCGAACACGACGGGGACGGUGGUCAGGAUCGACCCCGUCGAGCUGACGGUGGAGAAGGUAUUCCGCGUGAGCGACCACCAGGGCGGCAUCGUGCAUGAUGUUGAGACGGGGACGUUGACGACGCUGAAUUGGGGCGGGAGGAUGGCGAGGCGGUGGAUUUUAGGCAAGGGGGCAGGGCCUGAAGUUCGUGCGAGGGGAAACGAGCAGGUUCGACUUGGCGGCGCUACGGAGGGCGGUGAUGCCGGGAGCGAGGCGUUCGAUGCGCCCGAGAAGGAGAUUGUCAACCCGUCCUACUGGAUCGAUUACCAGGACUGCAAGUCGCUAGGCCGCGUCGAUGGGCGGUCGCUGAUGCUGUGUUCCGGGAUCGCGACUUUAGCGGCCGGAGUCGAGGUUGGCGGACUGGCGAUUGUGGAUGCGGAGGGGAUGGUGCCUAUCUGGGAGGUACCGUUUAUGGAGAGAACGGGGGCGAGGAGCGGCGAACGCGGGGAGGGAGGAAGCGGGGUGUUGAUGACGAAGAACCCCAUGGACGUUGCGCUUGUCGGGGGCCGGGUGAGGUUGUACUUUGCGCCGGAGGAGGGGAGGAGCGCGGUCUUUGUCUAUGAGGUUUGUGAGGGGUGA